GCAGCAGACGGCUACAGGCGGGGUCCUUCCGCAAUGGGAAAGUAGCACGUGGGGGGGGGGGAGAAGCUGCAACCGGCGGGACUUGCAGGUAAGAGGAGGACCCCGCCCCCUCCCUUCCCCUGAACCCAGGAGUCCGGCCAUGGGGGGUUCCCCCACCCCCACCCCGAGAAAAAGACCCCCCCAAGCAUUUCAUUCAUUGCCGGAGAGAGACUUAUUGCAGAUUCUCAGUCCAACCCCUUCCCACCCCCCCUCUAGCGCCCCAUUUGUCUCCAGCAAAACCUGGGAGUUUCGACUCCUGUUCCCAAGUUUACUGCAGUUUCUGGUUUCCUCCCAAAGAACCCACAAAAUUGCUCAUGGAUUUCCUCCCGCGAUCCAAAGCUGCCGACUGCUGCCAAGACCCUGCCGCCAGUCACUUCCCUGCCCUCUCCCAGAGUCAGUGUAAGGCAGUAAUAAUAAUAAAUAUAAAUAAAUUUCAUUUAUACCCCGCCCUCCCCAGCCAAGACCGGGCUCAGGGCGGCUAACACCAAAUAGAAAAGCGAUUGAAAUACAGCUUAAAAAACAAGAUUAAAAUACAACAUUAAAAUUCAACCUCAUUUCAGUACUAGAGCUAUAUGGACCCGAUGGCCUGCCUCAAUAUAAGGCAGCUUUUUAGGUCAUUAUCCCAUCCCAGAGUAGUUUACUACCUGCUCCUCACUUUAGUUUUAAUUUUGUCAAUCAGCCGGUCUCUCUUUCUCUCCCACCCUCAGCUUAUUAAAUAAAAACCUGAGCCCAAGUCCAGAUUUAAAUAGUUAGUUCUUUUUCUCGUCUGUCCCCCACCCCAGUUCACAUGCAGAUAACUUGUUGUAUUUCCGAUGUAAACUCCGAGGUCUGUUGUUUGAUUAUUCGUACAGUGGUACCUCGGGUUACAUAUGCUUCAGGUUACAGACUCCACUAACCCAGAAAUAUUACCUCGGGUUAAGAACUUUGCUUCAGGAUGAGAACAGAAAUUGUGCUCCGGUGGUGCGGUGGCAGCAGGAGGCCCCAUUACCUAAAGUGGUGCUUCAGGUUAAGAACAAUUUCAGGUUAAGAAUGGACCUCCGGAACUUAACCUGAGGUACCACUGUAUUGGUACCACUGUACUGAGCUGGCGGGAUGCAGAUUUAACAUCCUUUGCCUCAUGCCAGCAGAAUAAGGUCUCUUUGUACUUACGCGAGUUAAUUUAUUUGGAUUUUUGACAUGUCACGGUUACAAGUCCUCGGAGCUUGUGACGUCGAAAUAGUUUAAAAUAAAACUAUAUACAUGCCUAUGCUUCAAAUUGCACAUGGCUUUUUCACCCAACUGCUGUUUGAACCUGUUCCCCCACCCCAGUGCCUGAGGGAGAGCUGAGAGAGGCAGAUCUGGGAGCCAGGACUUCUGAGUUCUCAGGGUGGGGACUGGGGAAUAGCAAUAGUAAUAAUGACAGUUUACAACAGGGAUGAAAUUGCUGAAAGGCAGGCUUCCCAUGACAUGGAAAGGGUUUGAAGGUGAAUUGGGGACCAGGGCUCUUGCCGAUUUAAACUCCUCUCCUUCAUAUGGUGGUGGAAUUUUUUUAAAAAAAGACCCAUAAAGUUGUAAGGCCUUUUAUACUUAACUCUGUGGGCAAACAUAUUGGAGGUUGGAAAUCCUGAGGAGCGAGCUGUCUCUUCUAGCCAUCUGUGGCAUUUGUAUAUUUGCCCUAAGUAAGUAGACCGAUGAAUCCUUGUUUGCAUAUUGCAUCACCUCAGGUGGACAGAAAUCAGGUUUGUAGUACAGUUGUUCCUUGGGUUAAGAACCUAAUUCGUUCUGGAGGUCUGUUCUUAACCUGAAACUGUUCUUAACCUGAAGACCACUUUAGCUAAUGGGGCCUCUCGCUGCUGCCACGCCGCUGCCAUGCAAUUUCUGUUCUUAUCCUGAAGCAAAGUUCUUAACUCGAGGUACUAUUUCUGGGUUAGCGGAGUCUGUAACCUGAAGCGUCUGUAACUCGAGGUACCACUGUACUGGCCUUGUUUUCUGCUCGAACUCUGAGAUCUUCCAACUGAAGCCUCAAGCAAAAUAAUUUUGAUUUCAGGGAUUCGGUUUGACGUGACAGCACUGAGCUGAACUCAGAGUUCUGUCUCUCUCCCCGCCCCCCACUCCCAGUUAUCCCCUCCCUCAACUUCCCUCCCCACAUCUCAACAGUGCAGUGGUACCUUCGAUCACAGACGCUUCAGGUUACAGACUCCGCUAAUCCAGAAAUAGUACCUCGGGCUAAGAACUUUGCUUCAGGAUGAGAACAGAAAUCGCAUGGCUGUGGCAGCGGGAGGCCCCAUUAGCUAAAGUGGUACCUCAGGUUAAGAACAGUUUCAGGUUAAGAACGGACCUCUGGAAUGAAUUAAGUUCUUAACCCGAGGUACCACUGUAUCUUGACCUUAAAUUGUUGUUAAACAGUUAGGAGUUGGAAACCUUCACCAGUCUACUUCAGAUCACCCAGGGAUCUGGCAGGAGACCCCAAACUACCCUCUGCCCAUCUCUGACCUACCUUCAGCAGAGAACGUCUUCUCCCUCUUCUUCAUGACAGCCCUGUUGUAUUUCCAAGAGGGCUCUUAACGUCCUCCCUCUUAACGCUUUCGUUGCCCUCUCUUUCCAGGUCGCCAUGCCAACUCUGUACCUUUCCCCUCAUCCGGAUAACUUCCAGAAUCUGCGGGUGCUGGUUGCGGCCCGCUAUGGCCGACACGAGCCCAGGGUGGUCUCCCUGCCUCCUGACAAGGAGCUGGGGAAUCCUUCCUUCUCUGUGCCCAAACUCCCAGCCCUGGAGACCCAGGCGGGCGUCCGUGUCUCUGGUGCAGCGGCUGUUUCUUACCUGCUCUGCCCGGAUGCCAUGAGAGGGCAGAGCCCAGAAGCCAGCGCCCUGGUACGGCAGUGGGUCAGUUUCGCAGACUUGGAGAUCGCUCCUGCGGCCUCCGCAGCUGCUUUCUCUGUUCUGGGGGUCUCCAAGCAAAGCAAACAGGUGAGAGGCAAGCUUAACUCUGCUGUGAUGGGGUAGGGUACUGUGUCUAACCCAUAGCGUAGUGGUUAAUGGAGUGAGCUGUGAGCCAGGAAGAAAGUGGGCAGGGCGGGGGAGGAAGUGUAAAAAAAAAAAAAAAAGCUCUGAGAAAUAACUCUUGUUUAUUUGAGACAAAUGAACAAAACGAAAAGCAUAAACAUACAUACAAGUGCUGUACGCUUUUCAGCACCUGCCCAAAACGUUGUUGUUUAGACCAGCCUAGCCAGGCAUGUGUAAUGCUGGCUUGUGUUUUAAUUUGGUUUCCCGCUUUUCAUUGAUUUUAAUUAUUUUUUUUGAAAGUUUAAAAUAGUUGCGUUUAACUGCUUUGACUGAUAAUUUUAUUGCUCUGUUCUUUUCGCAAUCGGCUCUAAGGAUUUUCUUUUAACAGUUGUGCGCUAUAUACCGUAUUUUUUGCUCUAUAGGACGCACCCAACCAUAGGACGCACCCCUCUCGCUCUCCAGGCUUCAGUGAAAGCAACGCGAAGCCAAGGGGCGGGGAGGGAGCGCUCCCUCUGCGCUUUGGAGGCUUCGCGUUGCUAUCGCUGAAGCCAAAGAGCCUGCAUUCGCUCCAUAGGACGCACACACAUUUCCCCUUAAUUUUUGGAGGGGGAAAAGUGCGUCCUAUAGAGCGGAAAAUACGGUACAUUUUGCCAAAUAAAUAAAUAAGCAAGCACACUAUGCAGCUGAGCCCCACGUUGCUCUGUGCUGUUUUCUUUCCCUACUUUUGCAGGAUCCAAAGGUCAUGGCACCAGCGUGUUUAACAAGACCUUAAACACUUUUUCAUUCAUUGUUUUUGUUUGAUUUUAACUCCCCCCCCCCCCGAAUCAUGAGCAAGGGCAUUUAGUGAGCUAGACCACAUACAGGGUGGAAGGGACACAGUGGCGGGGAGUAGUGCCAAUGUACCUCAACAGAGCGGGAGGGUCACCUUUAAUUCAGGGACCCCUUAUGCAGAAAGGCCCUGCAAGGAGUCCAGGCGACAGGUAUCUUCUGAGCAUUGUACCAUGAAAGGUGGUGGUUUGCGGGUGUGAUCACACACUCUUCUCCUGCCCAGGUGACAGACCGCGCUGUGACAGAGCUCCAGAGUCUCCUUGCGGUGUUGGACGGCCACUUGAAGCUGCGGACAUACCUGGUGGGCGAAGCCAUGACGUUGGCUGACGUGACGGUUGCGUCUUCUUUGUUGCUGCCGUAUAAAUAUGUGAGUCUCCCUGCAGUAUCCCUCCCAUCCUCUGCUCCAAUGGGGCAUCGGUAGCAUAAUUUUGCAGCAGUUUCUACUACUCUGCUUUUGUUGGGGCAGGGAAUCAGUGGCUCUGCAGUCUGUUGGUGCUGACCUUUAAAGCCCUAAAUGGCCUCGGUCCUGUAUACCUGAAGGAGCGUCUCCACCCCCAUCAUUCUGCCCGGACGCUGAGGUCCAGCGCCGAGGGCCUUCUGGCGGUUCCCUCAUUGCGAGAAGCCAAGUUACAGGGAAGCAGGCAGAGGGCCUUCUCGGUAGUGGCACCCGCCCUGUGGAACGUCCUCCCUUCAGAUGGGAAGGAAAUAAGUAGCUAUCUUAUCUUUAAAAGACAUCUGAAGGCAGCCCUGUUUAGGGAAGUUUUUAAUAUUUAUUGCUGUAUUGUUUUUAACACUCGAUUGGGGGCAGCCUAGAGUGGCUGGGAAAACCCAGCCAGAAGGGUGGGUAUAAAUAAUAAAUUAUUAUUAUUAUUAUUAUUAUUAUUACUACUACUACUACUACUAUUAUUAUUAUCAUCUGCAGAUGUUCCUACUUAACGCUGUUGUUGGGUUUCUGUCCUUCUUCUCACCUAUAUUCAUAAUAGUGUUCCUCUCCUCAUCUCCAAAUGAUUCCUCUAGGUUCUCAACCAAUCUCUCCGCGCUUCAUACACCAACGUCACCCGGUGGUUCCUGACCUGCGUCAAUCAGCCAGAAUUCCAGUUUAUCUUGGGUCCAAUGAAGCUGUGUGAGCAAACGACUGUUGUGGGGACCCUGAAAUCAGAUCUCAGAGGUAAGGUGCUGCUACCGUUGUCCUCGUACCCAGAUCCUUGUGAAUUUGCUGAGGGCAAAGAAACCUCAAGGAAGAACAGAGCUACAGUCUGUAUUGCUUGGGAGAACAGAAUGUUGUUGUUGUGACAAUUUAAUGUUGAACUGGGUAGGCUUUUGGUCUGACCUAGCAAGGCUUUUCUGUUCUUGUCGCCCUCAACCUGAAUAGGUGGCCCGCAGAGUCAGGCAUCCUUCUGAUUUAGUAAUAGUCAUCAUAAUCAGCAGUGCUUUUUUAAAAAAAGGAAAAUAAGGUGUUGAUACUUACCAUGAAAGGGACGUGGGUGGUGCUGUGGGUUAAACCACAGAGCCUAGGACUUGCCGAUCAGAAGGUCGGCGGUUCGAAUCCCCGCGACGGGGUGAGCUCCCGUUCCUCGGUCCCUGCUCCUGCCAACCUAGCAGUUCGAAAGCACAUCAAAGUGCAAGUAGAUAAAUAGGUGCUUCUCCGGCGGGAAGGUAAACGACGUUUCCGUGCACUGCUCUGGUUUGCCAGAAGCGGCUUAGGCAUGCUGGCCACAUGACCCGGAAGCUGUACGGCGGCUCCCUCGGCCUAUAGAGCGAAAUGAGUGCCGCAACCCCAGAGUCAGUCACGACUGGACCUAAUGGUCAGGGAUCCCUUUACCUUUACUUACCAUGAAGUUGUUACAGUAAGUGCCACACUUUUAACAUUGGGGGGGGGGAGGUGCUGGUACCUUGUAUCCUUUAGUACCCCCAGAAAAAAGCACUGAUGGUAAUGAUGAUGAUGACAUAAUAAUAUUAUAUUUCUUAUACCCUGCCCAUUUGAUUGGAUUUCUCCAGCCACUCUAUGUGGCUUCCAACAGAAAUACAAAACACCAAACAGGGUUGCCUUCAGAUGUCUUCUAAAAGUCAGAUAGUUGUUUAUUUCCUUGACAUCUGAUGGGAGGGCAUUCCACAGGGCAGGUGCCACCACAGAGAAGGCCCUCUGCCUGCUUCCCUGUAACCUCGCUUCUCGCAGUGAGGGAACCACCAGAAGGACCUCAGAGAAGGACCUCAGUGUCUGGGCUGAACAAUGGGGGUGGAGAUGCUCCCUCAUGUAUACAAUAUAGGAGUUUAAUGGUUAGCACCAACACUUUGAAUUGUGGUCUGAAACAUGUUGUUCAUAGAGGCACAGACUUUUUGGCAGCAGUGAGGAGAUGUGGGUCUAGUGUAGGGGUGGCGAACCUGCAGCCCUCCCAACUAUUUAUCUGGACUACAAUUCCCAUCAUCCUUGACCAUUGGCCAUGCUGGCUGCAGCUGAUGGGAGCUGGGGCCCAGUAGCUUCUGGAGCGCUGCAGAUCCCCCACCCCAUUCUGGAGGGCAGAUGGCAAUUAAGCAAUAUUUAUUAACAAGGCUGCUGCGCAUUGGUUUAUUUCCUUUCCUCUUAAGAACCUAAGGCAGAGUUUUCAGAGCCCAAGGAGCUCACAGAGCCGCCCAAAAGCGCAUCCCAGCUAAAGAAAGAAGCCAAAAAGAAAGAAAAACUGGAGAAGUUUCAGCAGAAGAAGGAAAAAAGCCAGCAGCAGCAACAGCAGCAACAACAACAGGGGGAGGUAAGAAAAGCAAAACAAAAUAAAAUAAAAAUAAAAAUAAAAAAAUCCUUCUGGUAGCACCUUAGAGACCAACUAAGUUAGUUAUUGGUAUGAGCUUUCAUGUGCAUGCACAGAGUGAGGGAAGAUUUAAAUAUUCCAGAAAAGAAGAAAAUAGGAUCCUUGUGUGUGAGAGAGAUAUUUUUCAGUGCUAUCUAUUCCAAAAAAAGAGCUCCCUGCAUGUGGAAUACUAGUGUGUUGGGGAUUGAGGGAUUCUGGUCUCGCCAAGAUUUGAGCAGAUUUGGGAGAUGCUUGGGGAAAGGAAAGGGAAGACAAGUUACAUGACACUUACGCAUGCGAUGUUUUGGAUAGAUGUCCCCCAACUUUUGUUUAAUCAUUUUAUUAUUGACCGGGUUUUCUUACCUACUCCGUCACUGUACGUUCCCAGGGCAGGUUGAAUCAAUACUAAACGUCAUUUCAAACAAUUUUGAGUCAGAAGAAUAUAGUGGGUUCUUAAUACAGCUCAAGUUGGUGUGUUCGUAUAUGUAUGCGUGUGUAUCACUAAUAAUAAAUAAAUAAAAUUUAUUUUAAACUUCGCCUUUUUCCAAUAAUAAAUAAAACCGGGAAAAGGUGAGGUUUUAAAAAAUUGCACUCCGAACUUGUCUGAGUUCAGGAAAACAGCGAAGAGCUCGGGGCAGGGGGUGAUAAUAGUGUUUGAGGCCUGUUUCCACCUUCCUGCCCCCAUCCUGAUUCUUUGCAGAAGAAGCCAAAAGUUGAGAAGAAAGAGAAGAAGGAUCUAGGGGUCAUAACCUACAACAUCCCAACUCCCCCAGGAGAGAAAAAAGGUAAUGUAAGUGGGGUGGGGGUGGGAGGGAGCUGGGCAGGGCUGGAGUUCUCUGGCCCACACUGCGCUCAGGCGUCGGACAUGCCAACUGUGAAGCCCGUUAACCCAAGGGGGGGUCAUAAUGUAGCCGAAGCCGCAGCACCCAAACACAGCAGGGAGGUAUUAGGAGGCCUCGAAGUCUCUUUUCUCCUUCCAGAUGUGGAGAGCCCGAUGCCUGACUCCUACAGCCCCCAGUACGUUGAAGCCGCCUGGUACCAGUGGUGGGAGAGCCAGGGCUUUUUCAAGCCAGAGUAUGGGGUGAGUUUGAGCCUGGGGCGACUGUGGGGUGGGAUUCUCUCACCCCAUCCCCCCGGGAAGGUAACAUGGCCAGCCCAAGACUUUUUGGCGCCUGAAGCCGACAACAAAAUGGCCGACACGCACACCCCUCAGCCAGGGAAGAAGGGGCAAGGGAAGAUUACACCACCGAUGAGCAGGGGUGGAUAAAGAUCUACGUUGGGAUCCGCUGCCUCUGCGGACCUUGCUGCCUGAGGCGGUCGUUUCGCCAUGCCUCACGGUUGGGCCGGCUCUGUGGCUGAUUCCUGGAGGGCCGCCUGCCUCACGAACAUUGCUCUCCUUUCCAGCGUCGCAGCGUCUCCGAGCCAAACCCCAAAGGCCUCUUCAUGAUGUGUAUCCCUCCUCCCAAUGUCACCGGAUCCCUCCAUCUUGGCCACGCCCUCACCAACGCCAUCCAGGACUCUCUGACCCGAUGGUGAGUUUUCCUUCAGUUGCCUUGACUACAGCCUUCUGGCCUUACGCUAGGGCCCUUCCUAGAUGUCUCUGUGAACCUGGACCCUCUGUGCCCCACCCCUUAACUGGCAUUCUUUGGCCUUGCCCCAGUUUUGCCCUGCCUGAUCGCUGAGAGCCAGUGUGGUGUAGUGGUUAAGAGCGGUAGUCUCUUAAUCUGGUGAACCGGGUUCGCUUCCCCGCUCCUCCACAUGCAGCUGCUGGGUGACCUUGGGCUAGUCACACUUCUUUGUAGUCUCUCAGCCCCACUCACCUCACAGAGUGUUUGUUGUGGGGGAGGAAGGGAAAGGAGAUUGUUAGCCGCUUUGAGACUCCUUCGGGUAGUGAUAAAGCGGGAUAUCAAAUCCAAACUCCUCCUCCUUGCCCCAGUUUUGCCCUGCCUGAGAGCUGAUUCAGGUAGCCCCGACUCCCAAGUGGCAUGGGGCUUUGUAUAGGUCGUUAACACAUACAUCCACAGAAUGGGCUACAGUGCGCAGAAUUCAGAUUCCGAAGAAUUGCUGCGCUUUCGAUUGGAACAAAACAAGUUCAAGUUCCUAACCCUCAUGGUCUCAAAUAUACGCUUGAAAGGGUGUUCAGACCUCUGUGGCCUCUGUAGCGCCUUUCUCUCCCCAUGGCUAACCCAAACAGAGGUUAUGUAAAGGUAUGCAAAAUGGUGAAUAGGCUAAAUAUACUACCAUAAUUUGUACAGAGGGACGCAGGUGGCUCUGUGGGUUAAACCACAGAGCCUAGGACUUGUCAAUCAGAAGGUUGGCGGUUCGAAUCCCCAUGACGGGGUGAGCUCCCGUUGCUCGGUCCCUGCUCCUGCCAACCUAGCAGUUUGAAAGCACGUCAGAGCGCAAGUAGAUAAAUAGGUACCGCUCCGGCGGAAAGGUAAACGGCGUUUCCGUGCGCUGCUCUGGUUCGCCAGAAGCGGCUUAGUCAUGCUGGCCACAUGAGCCGGAAGCUGUACGCCGGCUCCCUUGGCCAGUAAAGCGAGAUGAGCGCCGCAACCCCAGAGUCGGCCACGACUGGACCUAAUGGUCAGGGGUCCCUUUACCUUUACCUAAUUUGUACAGGUUGAAGAAUUGGGCUGUUCCCGGUAUGGAGGCUUGCAUUUUAAAUGAAAAGUAGCCUCAGGAGGCUACUCUUUCUACCAGAGGAUUCCUAGGAGAGGGAUUUGUCCUGGAAUUCUACUCAGUAUUGGUCCAGAGCAGAGCCUCAACGUAUAGUUAGCAGAGUAAAAACUUAAAUAUGUUGCAGGAUUCCCCAGAAAUAGACCAGAGGCAAUUAUAUUUCAUCCAGCAGAGCUUUCCUGAAGGCAAAUGAGCAUAAUGGUCACAAAUCUAAUGCAUUCAGGAUUGGUGCUGUCCAUAAGAAAUCCAGUUGCAGCAGACUUAACUUAAACUUACAAUAACUUACAAUAGGUCUAAACCUUAACACUGAGCAUGCUAUGUACAGAACACCACACCAGAAGGAAAAGAGAUAGAGAGAGAAAGUGAAACCCAAGCUCCUUCUGGCCUAUUUUUAUAGUCAGCAUGACCUUGAUUGAAAGAGAUAAGAGAACCAGUUUAGGCCAGCUGUACUCAGCUUCUCUGAAGGAGUAACCCAAACAUCAUGGACCUUCUGCUUGUAUCUUUCACACAGAGAAGCUUCCAGAACCCCCUUGAAUUAAUUAGAAUAGGAAAGAUCUCUGCACAUCAGAUCAAUGCUUUCUGUAAAUGCAAACUGACAGGAAUGUGGCUUGGACCUUUCCCCACUGCUAGUUUUCCUAUUCAAAAUUCCCCUGUCCCUGCCCAUUUGCCUCUGUGGUAUUCUGGAGAAAGAACCACACUUUCUGAGCACAUGUACACCACCCUUUGAAUGCGGGGGGUGGGGGUGGGGGAAACCCCAGGGUUCCCCAAACAGGAGCACAGCCUUCAAGGUCGACAUUGUAUGUCAUACGACAGGCAUGGCCAAACUUGACCCUCCAGAUGUUUUGAGACUACAAUUCCCAUCAUCCCUGACCACUGGUCCUGUUAGCUAGGGAUGAUGGGAGUUGUAGUCCCAAAAUUUCUGGAGGGCUGGGUUUGGCCAUGCCUGUCAUAGGAGGAUAGCCAACAAAACAUGUCCAGGUGUUGCUGGGCUCCAAUUCCCAUCAGCCCUAGUUGUCAGGGAUGUUGGGAUUUGUAGUCUGGCAGCACCUAGAGAACGCCGCAUUGGCUGUUCCUGAACGACGUCGCCUGAGGAACAGCUGCUCACGGCCCCUGUGUCUUCCAGGCACCGGAUGAAGGGGGAGACCACUCUGUGGAACCCCGGCUGCGACCACGCCGGCAUCGCCACGCAAGUGGUGGUGGAGAAGAAGCUGUGGAAGGAGCAACGGAAGACGCGGCACGACCUCGGGCGAGAGCUGUUCGUCGAGGCCGUCUGGAAAUGGAAGACCGAGUGAGUUGUCUCAAGGCUGGCCCCGUUUUUCUGACCGCCUUGAACCUCGUCCCUGUGCCGUGUCACGUCUUCUAGAGACAUGACGUGCUCAGGGUGCUUUUUCCCUCUGGCUCUUUUCUUGCAGAAAAGGCGAUCGGAUCUACCACCAGCUGAAGAAACUGGGCGCCUCAAUGGACUGGGACAGAGCCUGCUUUACAAUGGACCCGGUAACAACAACAACAACAACAACAACAACAACAACAACAACAAUUUAUUAUUCAUACCCUGCCCAUUGAAAGCACAUCAAAGUGCAAGUAGAUAAAUACUUCCAGCCGGAAGGUAAACAGCGUUUCCGUGCGCUGCUCUGGUUUCGCCAGAAGCGGCUUAGUCAUGCUGGCCACAUGACCCGGAAAAACUGUCUGCGGACAAACGUUGGCUCCCUCGGCCAGUAAAGCUAGAUGAGCACCGCGACCCCAGAGUCAUUCACGACUGGACUUAACUGUCAGGGGUCCUUUACCUUUAUACCCCGUCCAUCUGGCUGGGUUUCCCCAGCCACUCUGGGCAGCUCCCAACAGAAUAUUAAAAGCACAAGAAAACACCCAACAUUAAAAACUUCCCUAAACAGAUGUUUUUCUAAAAGUCAGAUAGUUGUUUAUUUCCUUCACAUCUGGUAGGAGGGUGUUCCACAGGGCAGGCGCAACUACCGAGAAGGCCCUCUGUCUGCUUCCCUGUAACCUCACUUCUCGCACUGAGGGAACCACUAGAAGGCCCUUGGAGCUGGACCUCAGUAUCCAGGCUGAACGAUGGGGGUGGAGACACUCCUUCAGGUAUACUGGGCGUGACGGAUAAGAUCAACCAGAUGGAACACCUCUAUUAACCAUUGCUGACCAGUUCAGGAAAUGACUGGUUAUGCCAAUAGUCUUCUAGGACAGCAGUGGCAGACUUUAGACUUAGGGGAGCUGCUUUGGGUUUUUGUUUUUUCAAUGUUGUUUUUUUGGCUAAACCCCAAGAUCCAACAACUGGAUUUUGCAGUUAUAUUUCAGAGUCGAACGGACUGCGAUUUUGUUUGCGUCCUGCAAGAGAUGGAUGCGCCUGAACUGAACUUCUCCCUUGCUUUGCCCACAGAAACUCUCCAACAGCGUCCAGGAGGCUUUUAUCCGGCUGCACGAGGAAGGCGUCAUCUACCGGAGCACGCGCCUCGUGAACUGGUCGUGCGCCCUCAACUCGGCCAUCUCCGACAUAGAGGUGACAGGGUCAGGAGAGGCUGGGCAAAUGGGAUGCUGUCGCCCCAACUUCAGUUUGCCCUAGUUGGUCAGCAACCCCACUUGCUUGCCUUCCUACUUUCAAGCUGGCCAGGUGUGGCCCUGAAUGUCAGCUCCCUCCUCCUCAGCCUUAGCGUUGCCUUUGUGGCCAGAGUCACACCAUACAUUUAAAGACCACUUUAGACAGCCAUGGCUUUCCUGCAGAGGAUUCUGGGAGCUUCAGUCUGUUACAGGUGCUGAGGGUUGUUUCCCCUCACAAGGGCUGCAGUUCCUAGAGUGGCCUAACAAUCGAUCCUCACAGGGAAUUCUGGGAAUUGCAGCUGUGUGAGGGGGAACCACUCCCAGAAUUCUUUGGGGGAAGCCGUGACUGUUUAAAGCAAUAUCACAGUGCUUUGAACGUACAGUGUGAACUCACCAGGGAAGGAAGAGGAGGACAAAAUGAGAGUCAUUGGCUCCGGCACCCCCUACUGUUUGCCCCCUUACCGUCUCCCCACGAGCCCCCUCUGGGUGGGAGAGAACGCAGGAUGGGCAUCGGGCCAGCUAUUGCUCCUGUGUUAGGCCCCGUGAGAAGAGGGUGACACACCAUGGGCACCUUCCUCUUCCCAGGUGGACAAGAAGGAACUUACGGGCCGGACGCUCUUACCUGUCCCCGGCUACGAGAACAAGGUUGAGUUCGGGGUGCUGGUCUUCUUUGCGUACAAGAUUGAAGGUUCCGGUGAGUCAGGAGGCCUGGUGGGCAGUUGGGUUGGGAUCAGGAUCUGACGCCCUUUCUUUUUUCUCUGACUCUUGGCUCGCUCUGUUGUGGGACCAGCGUUUCUCAGAGAGGAUCACUGACCCGCUGUUUUCCUUCCAGUGUGGUGUAGUGGUUCAGAGCGGUAGACUCGUAAUCUGGGGAACCGGGUUCGCUUCCCCGCUUCUCCACAUGCAGCUGCUGGGUGACCUUGGGCCAGUCACACUUCUUUGAAGUCUCUCAGCCCCACUCACCGAGUGUAUGUUGUGGGGGAGGAAGGGAAAGGAGAAUGUUAGCCGCUUUGAGACUCCUUAGGGUAGUGAUAAAGCGGGAUAUCAAAUCCAAACUCCCCUUCUUCUUCUUCUUCUUCUUCUUCUUCUUCUUCUUCUUCUUCUUCUUCUUCUUCUUCUCCUUCUCCUUCUUCUUCUUCUUCUCCUUCCUUCCUUCCUUCCUUCCUUCCUUCCUCCCUAGAUGAAGAAGUGGUGGUGGCCACGACCCGUAUUGAGACGAUGCUGGGGGACACCGCUGUGGCUGUCCACCCAAAGGAUCCCCGGUACAAGGUAAGUAACCCUGAGGGCUGCUAGCAGAGAGUGACUGAAAUUAAAACAGAGUCCGCAGAGCAAAAGGAACAAAUAAGACUUUACAAAGGGUACAAGGACGAGGAGAAAUAAACAGGGGGGCUUAUCUUUCUUGUUGGGGAAGAAACUCCAUCAGAACAACUUUUCCCUCCCAACUCCACCAAUUGUCAAAUCUCAAUAAGUUGUCCUGGCUGACAUAUAACUCCUUAAUAAAUAAUCAAUAAACACAUGAGACGUAACCGGCUGUGUUCUUAGAUAAAUAUGAUAUACUAUUCAUAGUAUCAAAUUGUAAAUUUCAACAGAAGUAACUCAUAAAGUUCAACAAACGAACAAAACAGAAGACCCAGUGGAUCAGAUCAUUCUAUAGUCAGUUCAUGCAUAAGGUCCAUCCGUGUAAUGGUAUCCAUUCCACCUGUCUGUUCAUAAAGUCCAAACCAUCCACAUGAAAGGUUGUUACAGUUUCACAAAAUCCUUUCACAAAGUCCUUUCACAAGGAUUUCCUUUCACAAAAUCCUUUCACAAGGAUUUCCGGAAUAUAGGCCUUGUUUCGCCAUCCUGGGCUUCAUCAGUAAUUAAGGCUCAUAUAUGAUAUUACAGGAUAGUGGAUCCUAUGGCAUAGUAGUAGCUGUUGAAAUUUUCAAUUUGAUACUAUGAAUAGUACAUCUUAUUUAUCUAAGAACAGAGCCAGUCACGUCUCCUGUGUUUAUUGAGUAUGCUUUACGUGACCAUAGGUUUGUUUGUUGUUGCUUUAACAUAUAAUUCCUAGCAUCUUCUUCCAUCCAGCCUAAUACUGUAAUAGGAUGAAUGAUUGCUUGCUGAAUGAUUCUUGCUGCUGCACUUCCUAGUGAAAGACAAAUGAACACCUGUAGUGUUCUAGGUUAGAUUUAUUUGAAAGGGUUAUUGCAAUCAUAGGGUUAGUACCAGAGUGUCUCUGAAAAAUUUUACACAUCACUUGUGAAGACAGGCGAAUUAAUAUCAGUGUACUGGAAGAAGCAAAGAUCAUCAGUUGCAAAGCAAUGAUUCUUCAACAUCAACUUCGUUGGACUGGUCAUGUUGUGUGGAUGCCUGAUGAUCUUCUUCCAAAGCAACUACUCUAUUCCCAACUUAAAAAUGGAAAGCGUAAUGCUGGUGGUCAACAAAAGAGGUUCAAAGACUGUCUCCAGGCAAAUCUUAAAAAAUGUAGUACAGUGGUACCUCGGGUUGCAUACGCUUCAGGUUACAGACUCCGCUAACCCAGAAAUAGUACCUCGGGUUAAGAACUUUGCUUCAGGAUGAGAACAGAAAUGGUGCUCUGGCGGCGCGGCGGCAGCGGGAAGCCCCAUUAGCUAAAGUGGUGCCUCAGGUUAAGAACAGUUUUAGGUUAAGAACGGACCUCUGGAACGAAUUAAGUACUUAACCCGAGGUACCACUGUAUAAACACUGACAACUGGGAAACACUAGCCUGCGAGCGCUCCAGGUGGAGAGCAGCCUUUACCAAAGGUGUCAUGGGCUUUGAAGACACUCAAACUCAGGACGCAAGGGAGAAACGUGCUAAGAGGAAGGCACGCUUGGCAAAUCCACACCGUGAUCAACUCCCACCCAGAAACCAAUGUCCCCACUGUGGAAGGACGUGUGGAUCCAGAAUUGGCCUCCACAGUCACUUACGGACUCAUUGUUAAAACCGUGUUUAGGGAAGACAGUCUUACUCGGCUACGAGUGAUCGCCAAAGAAAAGAAGAAGUACCAGAGUUUAGGUGCUUUUUCUCAAUUGUGCCUGGGGCCUGCUCUGUAUUUCCGAUAUGGUCAGUAUGCCCAGACUAAUGAGGGAGCAUUUCCUGUAUUUGCCCAGCUGCUUAAAAGCUCCCUCCACUUUUUUCUUUUUGGAAUAAAUGAAGGACAAGUAAUCUCGUUUCACUCAGUGGAAUAUGGCACCUUAGUUAGUGACGAAAGUUGUAACAGGAUGAGAAGGCAGUUCAGACACAGCUGGUGUGGACAACCUUUGACCCUCCAAGUGUUGCUCUAGCUCCCAUCAGCCCCGUCAAACAUGACACUACUGGCCAGGGAUGAUGGGAGUUGUAGUUCAGGAACAGGCUCCCCCACACUUGGAAAUACAGGAUAUUUUGCAAUAGGAAGAAAGUUACAGGAAUGGAGGGCUGAGUUGGUUGGGCUGCAAAUGCGUGGAAUGGAUCUUAAGGACUGGAUGUGGGCAGUAGAUUCUACUUCAGAUUACCUUUUUGGAGUAUUCUUUAUUCGGGUGAUCUGGGAAUAUUUUAGCUAAACUUUUCUCCUCUCUCUCUGUUUGUCUCCCAGCACCUGCACGGCCGGAGAGUCCUCCAUCCCUUCACUGCUAAGUGCUUGCCUAUAGUUUGCGAUGACUUUGUAGACAUGGAGUUUGGAACUGGUAUGUCUGUUUUUAUAUAUAUAUAUAUAUAUAUAUAUAUAUAUGUAUAGAUACAGUGGUACCUCGUGCGUCUGCCUUGUUGAGUGCCCAUUCCGUCCAAUGUCUGCGGCAAACCCGUACGUACCAGAAUGGGUUACUUCCGGGUUCGCCGCUCGUGCAUGUGCAGAAGUGCAAACUGCUCCACAGAUGUGGCGCUUUGUCCAGUGUCCUUUUUGGCCAGUGACCAGGGCUCUGGAAUAGAUCCCAGUCGCAAAGCGAGGUACUACUGUAUAUAUUUAUUUUUAUUAAAUUUUCUGUACUACGAUUUAGAAUAUUCAAUUAAACAACCUUAAAAUAUCAGUGAUUUCCCUUCUUCUCUUUCCAUGGUUCAUUUUGCAUAACAUAAAUCACUGCAUAUUUUAUAUAAACUAAACCAUUCAGUAUUCCAUUAUUACAUCCAUCAAAACUAAUUUACACUGUUGAAUUCAUCUUGAUGCUGCCAACGUUUUCAAGUGUACACAAUCCCCCCCCCAUAUUCAAUAAACAGUUCCCAAUCUUCUUUAAAUGUAUGUUCUUCUUGUUCUCUUAUUCUAUGUUAGGUCUGCAAGCUGUGCAUAUUCCAUCAGUUUAAGUUGCCAUUCUUCUUUAGUUGGGCCGCAGUAGUGGCAUACAUAAAUAAACUUUUUUUGACACCUUGGAAUUUCCAUAUGAAUUAUCCCCAACAAAAAGGACUCUGGUUGUUGUUGUUGUUUGGAAAAGUGUUUUUAAACAUUUUUUUCCAACUUAUUAUAAAUUAUUUCCCAAAAGAACUGGUAUGUCUAGGUGGAGACGCUCCUUCAGGUAUACUGGGCCAAGGCCAUUUAGGGCUUUAAAGAUCAGCACCAACACUUUGAAUUGUGCUCGAAAAUGUACUGGGAGCCAAUGUAAAUUUAAAUUUAAACUUUCCCCCCUCCAAGUUUAGUUUUGUGUUUCUGACAGCAAGCUUGGUUUUUCAGCUGAGUGAAGGUCUUCUGUGAAAGCUCAGGCAAGUUCUCCUGAGCUCGUGAGCCUUACUCGCAGGCACAGCAGCCUUGGUUCACAGACAUUUAUAACCUUUGCGCUGCUGUGGGACUCCCUCUUGAAAGACUUGUUGGUUGUGUAUUAAUUCACACACACACACACACACACAUACACAAGCACAUUUGCUAUCUCCACUUUCGAAUUGUCCUCCUUUGGGUGGUGACUUGGCGUUUAGGGGCAUGCUGUUUAUGUAUUUAAUAGGAUUUAUACACUGCCUGAUCAUGCAAAAAAAAAAAAAAAGUCCUCAAAGCUAUAGGGGUAGGUGGGGCUGUUCCUGAUGAACUUCAGCACCUCAGGGUCUAGUUACACCACUGGGUGUAACUAGAGGAGCUUUCUGGUUGAAGGCUGGGAAAAGCACCUGCCCAACUGCAUGCCUUCAGCCGCACUUAAGAGACUGUGGGGUGGGCAGUUGGGAAGCAACCUGAACGGCCACCAGUCAGAUCCAAAAGCAGGAUGGAUGCCGUCCUCUUCUAAUUUCUCCUCCUCCUCUUCCUGCGUCUCUCAGGGGCUGUGAAAAUCACCCCGGCCCACGACCCGAACGACUACGAGGUGGGCCUGCGCCACGGGCUCGACUUCAUCACCAUCAUCGACGAGACCGGCUGCCUCGUCAAUGUGCCCCCCACCUUCCAGGUAUGGAUGGGAGGAGCGGGUUGUACGGUGGAUCUCUGUUGGAGAUUCAGUGCCAGUUUCUGGGAACUACAGGUGGGUCCGGGUGGCGGCGUAGCUAGCUGCUUGGGUGCCUGGUGUGGUGGGUGUGUCCUGCAGCCAGGGGCAGACGCAAGCCCCACGCUGCUCAAAAAAGCAGUGUAGAGCUUGAAGGCAGUCUGCCCACCGCCUCCCCCCACCCCAGGAGAGAGACGUGGCUCAGGCAUGCUGCAGGCCCCAUGGUGUGGCGCACAGUGCCCCCCAGUGCCCCCCACCUCACCUAGCUUCCAGUGGCGUAGGAAUAAUGAUAAUAAUAAUAAUAUUUUUUUAUUUAUACCCUGCCCUUCCCGGUUCAGGAAACUGGGCUCAGGGCGGCUAACAACAAAUUUAAAACACUUAAUUGAUGCAACAAAAAAAGGCAUAAAAACGUGAUUAACAAAAAAUUCAGAAUUCAAAAAUCAAUUUAGGGGGGGAAAUCCAUCCAAUAAACAUUAGAUGAUCACCAGGGCUAGCUGGCUAAAUUAGUCCUAUUUGGGCCGGCGAGGAGACCAGGGGAGAAUUAGCUGUGGGAUCCCAGAGCGGGUAAUCUUCAUAAAAAGGGGAGGGGGAGGGAAGGAAGGGGAACAAAAGAUCAGGCCAGGUUCACACUGAAAGCCAGGCGGAAUAGCUCUGUCUUACAGGCCCUGCGGAAGGAAGUUAAAUCCUGCAGGGCCCUGGUCUCAUGGGACAGAGCCUUCCACCAGGUCGGAGCCAUCACUGAGAAGGCCCUGGCGGAGGAUAAUCUAAUUUCCUUAGGGCCCGGGAAGGGGGGUGCAGUGGGUGCAGGAGUUAUUUUUUCAAAAAAAAGAUGUUGUGAGCCCAUUUUUUAAAGAAACACACACACAUUUUUGCCAUUUUGUCACCCCCCUGAGUGAUAACACCUGGGGUGGCCUGCACGCCCCCCUUCCUACUCCACUGGGUCCAGGGAGCUGUUGCCCUCAGGUCCUGCUUGCAGGUCUCCCUGAGGUUGGCCGCUGUGAGAGUAGGAUGCUGGACUCAGUGGGGCUUCGCCCUGGUCCACCAGGCGGUUCUUAAUGUUGCGAUUGGACAAAGCAGCCUCUGGUUUCAUAUCUGGGAAGGAUAAGGCUGUGGGUAGUUGCUGUCUCCAGUAUUGGAGGUAGUGGUAGGCCUCUCUGUGGAGUCGCAAGCGGGGAGGGUGACUACGGCAUUCAACCCCUUCUUGAGGGCUUGAGGUUAGAAUCUGGUUGGCCACUGUGAAAACAAGAUGCUGGACCAGAUGGGUCCGUGGAGUAAUCCAGCAGGCCUCUUCUUAGAUGUUUAUAAUCUGUUUAUGCCUGGUCCUUGUUUGUAAUGGGUUGAAGGAUGGGUUUGGAGCGUGAGGAUCCCAUCUCAGUGAUUUGGGCCUAGGUCACUGUCAUGGACCUUCCAGUGCUCUCGUUUCUUCUGUGGGAUUUGACAUCUUUCCACAGGGCCUGCAAGAUGGAGCUGUUCCGCCUGGCCUUCGGCUUAGACUCACUCUGACCCCUUAUAUGGGAUUUGGUAUAUAAAUUUUCCCUUGGCUUUUUUGUUGGCCCAUGUAGGACCAGCAUGGAUAGCUGGCUCGGGGGAAUAUCUGAUGUUUCCUCCCUUUAUGGUCUUGAUUUAUGGGCUACUACUAAAAUGAGUCUGCAUUUAAGCUGUAUUAAGCCGUAUUAACUGUUUGUUUGUUUGUUUGUUUGUUUGUUUGUUUGUUGUUGUUUUCUAUUACAUUUUAUUGUAAUUUAUGUUUGGUGUUAGUCACCCUGAGCCCGGCCUGGGGAGGGCGGGGUAUAAAUAUUAUUAUUAUUAUUAUUACUACUACUACUAUUCUGAUGUUCAGUGCUUGUUGCUUAACCCCAGACACUAUAACUAAAGGUAAGCAGCAUGCUUUGGGGAACCUCAAGGUUUCAGAAGUACCAAAAUACGUUUAGGCAAAACAGCAGCCGCCCUAAGGUAGGGGACUCCCUGCCUCCCACAAAACCCAACAACAGCCAAGAGAGGCCUGAGCUUGCUCAGUAGCUCUAGUGUGGUGACUGACUGUUGUGAGGAGAAGAAAGGGAGGAAAACUGGAGGCGCACGUGUGGAAAAAGGAGCCAAGUCUCUGGAAUUCCCGAGAAACAGUGUUCCACGCUGCAACAUUUUGUUGUAGAUCCUGCCGCCAGUUUACCUUCUCCUUAACCCGUUUCCAGGGCAUGAAGCGGUUUGAUGCUCGUCGUGCUGUGUUCCAACUUUUGAAGGACGCGGGGCUCGUGAGGGAUGUGAAGGACAAUCCCAUGGUGGUACCGAUCUGCAGGUGAGAAGAGGAUGGGGGAGAGGAAUAAUUUUGAUCUGGGUGGUGGGACCUUCUGGUUUUUGGCCGGCAGCCCUGUUCUCUGAAGCAACCUCUUCACAACCUAAUUGGUUGUGAAGAGGACGGUACCCAUUGCACCUAACACAAUGGGUACCGUCUGUCAGAAAAGGGUGUUGAUGUUAUGGGAGACGGGUGUUCUGAGGUGCGCAAAAUCCAAAAAAAGAGAGUUGGAAGGGACUUUGGAGGCCCUACAGCCCUGACCCCUUCCUCAGUGCGGGAUCUACAGUGCAGGAUGUAAUCGCAAGACCCUUGACGGAUGGAUGUUCAGCCUCUGCUGAACUGCCUCCAGGAAAGGAGGCAGCCCGUUCCAGUUGUAGCACUGCUACAAAUGUAGAGUCAAACCAUACUCUAUCCGGUUUCAUAUGUAACGGCAAACUACGGUUUGCUCGAACCAGGUUGUGAGUGAGGCAAUGGGCCCAUAACCUAAGGGGGUCAGGGGAGUGUGCAAGCUCAAAGCAGUGACCCUGUUGGCCAAACCAUGGUUACGUAUGAACCGCCAGAGAUGGUUACUGGCCCGUGGCUAAGCUAUUUAGUUUACGGUGAGAUCCUAACCAUGUCUGCUCAGAAGUAGUUGGGGGAAGCUUGAAAGGGUGUGAUACCUUGGGGGGAAAGGAUUCUGAGGGGAGGAGGGUUUCGAAACUGGUUAGACGGAAGGGCAUUCUGUAUGCAGAAAAGGUGGAAAAUACCUUGCCUGGUGUGGAGAAUCGUAGAGUUGGAAAGAACCGCAAGGCUUCAUUUAGUCCAACCCCCUGCAAAUCCAGGAAUCUUUUGCCCAAUGUGGGGAUCGAACCCACGACCUUGAGAUUAAAAGUCUCAUGCUUUACCGACGGAGCUAUCCCAGAAAUAGGAAGAGCAAUGAAUUGUUCUAGUAGGAACCUUUAUUAUCACGGGGAGCAGAUUGUUCUGCCAUCCAUUGGCGCCGGCUUCACUCGCUUGCCGGAGCUAAUUCUGUUUCCCACUCCCCCCCCCACCCGGAUGCCUGCAGCCGUUCCAAAGACGUGGUGGAGCCGCUCCUGAAACCCCAGUGGUACGUGCGUUGUGACACGAUGGCCCGCGGAGCGGCCGAGGCAGUGCGCCGGGGCGACCUCCGCAUCGUGCCGGACUUCCACCUCAAGACCUGGUUCAACUGGAUGGACAAUAUCAGGUGAGGGUUGCUGUGGGAUUGCCCAGUUCCUGUGGCGCUGUAGGGGGAGGGCGCUGAAUGCAGUGGGUGGGUGGGGGCAUUAAAGGCAGGCAAAGGGGACAGAAAGAGCCAUGUCCUUUUGUUCGGGCGAGAUUUCUGUGUGCCUGCUGGUCCUUUGGUUUUUGUGUGCUGUGCGCAUGCAUCCAGAUUCGCCAGACGAUUUAGUGUUCUGUGCUGAGGACUUUUAUGACUCUUUUCUUUCUCUCUCUCUCCACCUCUAGGGACUGGUGCAUUUCUCGGCAGCUGUGGUGGGGCCACCGUAUCCCGGCAUAUUUUGUGACCGUUAACGACCCCUCCGUGCCACCAGGAGAGGUAAGACACUGAGGGCAGAUGGUGGACCAGACAGCCGAGGAAACGAAACACGGAAAAUGUUUGGGAUGUAUAAACGGCCAUCUCCAUGGUCCUCUCUGAGCAGGUAGCCCAGGGUGGGAUUAGAGGGCUUGGAGGAAUGCCUGGAAAAGAACUACCAUAUUUUUCGCUCUAUAAGACGCACCAGACCACAAGACGCACCUAGUUUUUGGAGGAGGAAAACAAGAAAUAAAAUAUUCUGAAUCUCAGAAGCCAGAACAGCAAGAGGGAUCGCUGCGCAGUGAAAGCAGCAAUCCCUCUUGCUGUUCUGGCUUCUGGGAUAGCUGCGCAGCCUGCAUUCGCUCCAUAAGACGCACACACAUUUUCCCUUACUUUUUAGGAGGGAAAAAGUGAGUCUUAUAGAGCAAAAAAUACGGCAUUUCCCUGUUACUAAGUUCAGAUUUCCAAAGAGAAGCUGAAAGCUAAGGGGCAAUGCUGUUGUUUAUUUGAAGCGCCCCACCCCAACAAACAUUCUUUAGCCGUAUAAAGGCUUCCAGAAUGGUUUGCAAUGGAUCAAUAAUAACAGAGCCCUUGCCCGUCUGGUUUAUAGUGCGAAAGAAACAACACAAAAGGGAGGGGAAGAAAAGGAGCCAUAUUGGGCGCUGUUGUUACAGAAUGCACAAUAACAACCUUGUUUCCUUCAAAACAAGGAAUAAGCUUAUGGGAAAAGUCAGGAAGCAUGCACCAAAAUGCCUGGGAAAGUCUCGCAAAAUGAAUAUGGUAGCUUACCCUGGAAUAAAAUGAGACUGUACAUGCAUGAUCCCUCUCUCUCUUCUGGGAAUGAGCAUGGGUGGAAGAUAGAGAGGGGUGUGUGAGGGGCGUAUGUGGCCCUCGGAAGGUUGCCUGGAAAGGAAAGUGGCCCCUGAGCUGGAAGAUUCCCCCCCCCCCCCCCGCUUUAUAGCUUGUAUUUAUUGUCCCAUGUUUUUAAUCAGGUUGGGGAAACUGUUUUAAAUAAUCUGUCCUCUUCUGCCCAGGAUACGGAUGGUAGAUACUGGAUAAGCGGCAGAACCGAGCAGGAGGUCAAAGAGAAAGCAGCCAAAGUCUUCAAGGUGCCCACGGAAAAAAUCUCCCUCCGGCAAGGUACAGCAGGGGGAGGGAUAAGGUGGGUGGGUGGGAGAUUUGCAAGGAGGUUGUGAAGCAGCGGGAGCCGUCGUCUUAUCCUGGCUGCCAUCCUCAUCCUAAAGAGGGACUCCCAUCUUGCACAUUACACACACACCUGCGAAAGCGUGGUGCUGGGGUUGCCAUACGUCCAGAUUUUCCUGGACAUGCUCUGGAUUUCUAGGGUGAAAUCACCUGGGCGGAUUUUAUAAAUUUUGAAAAACAUCCGGGUUCUUCUUCUUCUCCUUUUUGCUUGCCCUGAGGGAGCAGGCGAGCAGUCUGGCCGGCUGAGCAGGCCCCGCUUCUGCCCCUGCACCAGGCCUCCCUCCUCCUCCUCUUCCUCUUCCCCUCAGUGGUCUCUGGGUCCUGGCCUGACCACAGACCCAGCCGUCACUGCGGAGCCACUCGCCAGAGGAGGCCCCCAGGGAGGCAGGCAUGGUGGAGGCCUGAGGCAGAAGGGCAGAAGCUGAGGCGGAAAAUGGCAGCCCCCAGGCGAGAAGCCUAACCCGCCCCCGCUCCUCAGUAUCAUUGCUGCCUGCCGCCACAGGAAAGUCCUCUUGCGACUGCCAGGGGUAUGGACUCACUCAAGGGACCUGUCAGCGCUGUGCAGUGCGAGUCCCCUCUGACGCAGCUUGAGCAGCUGUUGGGGCCACAACUGCUGCUGGGGAAGGGCCAGCCAGGACCAGAGAGGAUUGUUUGGGGGUACACCAUGGCUGUUAAAGCAUGUUUUAAAUGUAUAGUGUGUGGGUGCCAUACUCAAAGCACAAUUUUGAUGUUUAUUUGCCCCUUGAACAGGGUGAAAAGUUACUUAUUCUUGGAUUAAAUGAAAGCUAAACUUGCUUGUUAAGGGGCGUGGGUGGCGCUGUGGGUUAAACCACAGAGCUUAGGAGUUGCCGAUCAGAAGGUCGGCGGUUUGAAUCCCCGCGACAGGGUGAGCUCCCGUUGCUUGGUCCCUGCUCCUGCCCACCUAGCAGUUCGAAAGCAUGUCAAAGUGCAAGUAGAUAAAUAGGUACCACUCUGGCAGGAAGCUAAACGGCGUUUCCGUGCGCUGCUCUGCUUCACCAGAAGCGGCUUAGUCAUGCUGGCCACAUGACCCGGAAGCUGUAUGCCGGCGCCCUUGGCCAAUAAAGCAAGAUGAGCGCUGCGGCCCCAGAGUCGGCCACGACUGGACCUAAUGGUCAGGGGUCCCUUUACCUUUACCUUUAAACUUGCUCGAAUAUAAAGAACAAAGGUCCUGAUCUCUCUCUCUCUCUUAAUAGAUGACUCUAUAUAUUUCUUUUGUCUCCUUCGCAGAUGAGGAUGUCCUGGACACCUGGUUCUCGUCCGGUCUGUUUCCAUUCUCCAUCUUUGGGUGGCCAAACCCCGUAAGUCCCUCUGUGAAGCAGGACUGUCAGGCCUUAGUGACGUCUUGGCCUUUUGUAUUACUCCAGAAUCUCUGUUGGGAGAUUCAGGGAAAUACUUUGCACAGUUCAGAUAUGGCAUUCUCCGCAAGAUGCAGUUAUGGCCAACCAGAUGCCUGUAGCAAACCUGCAAAGCAGGAUUUGAAUUCAAGACCCAACUUUUCCCUCCUGCAGUUUCCAGCUGCUGGUAUUUAGAAGGAAGCUGCACUCACUAAGCAGAGCCAUCAUAGCUGGUAACUUUACCCUCUGUUAAUUUUUCUAACCUUUUUAAAGCUGUACAAGUUGCUGGACCGGCGGGAGUGAGUUCCGCAGUUAAACUGUAUGCUGUGCAAAGAAGUACUUUCUUUUUUCUGCCCCCAAACUUCCAUCAAUCAUAACAGCAUUCCAACAGUUCAUAACAAGUUCCGGUGUUGCAAGAGAAGAAAAGAAGCCUUUCCCGAUCCGUGAUGUUGCAAACCUCUGUCAUGUCUCUUCUUAACUGCCUUUUUUCUGAACUGAAAAGUCCCAAAUGCUGCAGCCUUUCUCAGUAGUUUCUCCAUCCCCUUGAUCACACUGAUUCCCCCUUUCUGAACCUGAUGAUGAGCCUCAGGUCUUAGCCUGUCCACGGCUACUAGCCAUAAUGGCGGUGUCCUACUUCCCCUGUUGGAGGCAGUGUGCUUAGGAAUGCCUAGUUGCUUGGAAGAAUGUCUGUUGCACUCAGGUUCUGCUUGGGGGCUUCUGAACUAAAUAUGCAGGAUUCAUAUCCCCCCACCAUCGUUCUUAUUCAUUCACCCUCUCCAACUUUUUAUUUCUCUUCUAGAGCGAAGAUCUCCAAAUUUUUUACCCGGGGACCCUUCUGGAGACUGGGCACGAUAUUCUGUUCUUCUGGGUAGCCCGCAUGGUCAUGCUGGGCCUGAAGCUUACGGGGAAGUUGCCGUUCAGAGAGGUGUGGUUUUCGGCUGUCCCUCCCUCAACCCCAUUCUUCAUGACUGUGUGUGCUCAGAGUGGCUUACGUCGCAUGCAAGUACCCAUAGGUUCCCUGCACAAGCAUGCAAUCUGCCAUUUGCUGUGCAAGGUUUUUGAAGUGCUUACUUUUAAAAAGAAAAGAGUAGUCAAGUUACUAGUCCUCAUGGAGGAAACACAAAAACCUGAUAACACUGACGCUCCACCCCCAUCGUUCAGCCUGGGCACUGGGGUCCAGUGCCGAGGGCCUUCUGGCGGUUCCCUGCCUUCAAGAAGUGAGGUUACAGGGAACCAGGCAGAGGGCCUUCUCGGUAGUGGCGCCCACCCUGUGGAAUGCCCUCCCGUCAGAUGUCAAAGAAAUAAAUCUGGAAGGAAUAUCUGACUUUUAGAAGACAUCCGAAGGCAGCCCUGUUUAGGGAAGUUUUUAACGUUUGAUGUUUUAUUGUGCUUUUAAUAUUCUGUUGGGAGCUGCCCUGAGUGGCUAGGGAAACUCAGCCAGAUGGGUGCAAUAUUAUUAUUAUUAUUAUUAUUAUUAAUUUUAUUAUUUCAGGUAUGCUUAUCCAUGCAGCUGCUUAUUGAUCACUUCAGUGUUAAUGAUCUUUGCCCUCGAACGCACUUGAUUGAACCCAGUCCUCUUGUUCUUGGGGUCAGACUUGGAGUGCUGGGAAACCCAAAUAUCGUGCUGGCCAGUUCCCCAACCAUAGAUUCGCUUGAAACUACCACAGAAGUUUUACUGAGGCCUAGCCACUUGAUCCUUAAGUUGCAGUUCUUCUGUAGUUACAUUUUUCUGUUUUAGAGGCCAUAACCCUUGCGUGUAGCAUAAUUAGUUUUUCCUCUAAGGGAAGCCCUGUGAGGACCGGUUCCUGCUAAAUCCUGGGGAACUGAGUGCCGUUUGAAACAUCAAUCCCUUUCCCACGAAAAAAACACUCCCCUGCAGAGCAAAAUGUUAGAAAAUGGCAUGCAAAUCAUCAUAUGUAGCCAUUUUACUUUAUGUACACACAUGAAGAAGCCAGAUAUUCCUGCAGUGUUAGAUACCUUAAGAGAUGUGUGCAGUCAGCUGUUCAUAAACAUUUUCAUGCUUUGCCCUGCUGGUCAGCUAAUGCAUAGUGUUUCAAAACAUUCCCCGAAGAUUAGAGGGAUUGGGCCAAGUUCACAAUUGCAAGCCUCUCCCCUCUUGCCACCCAAGCAUACAUUUCACCCCUCUUCCUCCAACUAACCCUCUUUCUGCGACUCCUGCCAGGUAUACCUCCAUGCCGUCGUUCGGGAUGCUCAUGGCAGGAAGAUGAGCAAAUCGCUGGGGAACGUGAUCGAUCCGUUGGAUGUUAUUACCGGCAUUACGCUGGAGGUAACCUAUGGUUUUAGGCCAGGGAGGGGGAAGCCACCAGGCCACACACGCCAGAUGUGGGGCUGGGAAAACGAGGGCUCUUAUCUGGGAUUUUUGCCUCCGUAAAGUCUCCCCUAUUGCACAUCCUGCUUUGUCGUCCAGUGAGGAGAAAAACCCUUUUUCUUCCCCCCACUUUAUAUAAUUUUUAUAAAAAAAUUCUGUUUCACAAUUUAAAAUACUCAUCUAAACUUUAAAAUAUCAAUGACUUCCUUUCUUCUCUUUCCAUGGUUUGCAUAUCAUAAAUCCCUGCAUAUUUGACAUAAACUAAACCAUUCAGUAUUCCAUUAUUGCAUCCAUCAGAACUUAUUUACACUGUUGAAUUUAUCUUAACGCUGCCAACGUUUUCAGGUGUACACAAUUUUUUUACCAUAUAUUCAACAAACAUUUUCCAGUCUUCUCUAUACGAAUGUUCUUCUUGUUCUCUUAUUCUAUAUGUUAAGUCUGCAAGAUGUGCAUAUUCUGUCAGCUUAAGCUGCCAUUCUUUAGCUGGGACCUCACUUGUUUUCCAUUUUGGGGCUAAUAAAACACGGGCUGCAGUAGUAGCAUACAUAACCUUUUUUGACACCUGGGAAUUUCAGUCUGAAUUAUCCCCAGCGAAAAGGACUCCGGGUUUGUUUGUUUUUGGAAAUGUACUUUGAAACAUUUUUUUCAAUUCAUUAUGGAUCAUGUCCCAAUACUCUUUUACCUUUUUGCAAGUCCACCACAUGUGAAAGAACGUUCCCUCAGCCUCUUUGCAUCUCCAGGUGCAACGCUUUCCCUCUUAUCUGUCUCUGCAGGGCCUCCAUGCACAGUUGCUAGAGAGCAAUUUGGACCCAUCUGAGACAGAGCGAGCAAAACAAGGACAGGUAAUGUGUUUUCCCCCCUGUUGCCGCCAGUUCCCCCCUAAUGCUGAUGUUGUAAUGGAUGCUGCAAAGAACACCAACAUGACAUGACUGUGUGUGUAUGUCUGUAUAUAUGUCAGUUAGUUAGGAUGCUAGGCUCAAGGUGCUGGUGGUCUUGGUGUACAAUACGCAGCUUGAGACCAGAACACCCCAAAAAAUUGCCGCAUCCCCUAUCUACCCAACCAAGCGCUGUGUUCUGCAGGAGAGGGCAUCCUGCAAGUGCCGUCCUGCCCAGGUCCCUUCCACACAAUGUUAGAAUUAGGGCUUUACUGCGGCGGCAGUUCCUGUCCUGUGGAACUCCCUGUCACUGCACGUUAGACAGGCACCUUCUCCGUUGCCUUUUUGGCUUCCUGCUGAAGGCAUUUUAUCUUUCAACAAGGCUUCUAACACCUUCAUCCCAGUUGGUCUGUCCUGGAUCUGAACUGACGAUAUGUACGUGUUCUUGUUGCUUUGAACUGUUUUUGUAUUUAUUGUCUUUUAAAGUUGUUUGCAGCUGCUUUUGUAUUUGUUAUUAAAUUGUAAAAUUCCUUCCAGAGGCUUCGUGAGAAGUGAUUCAUAAACGAAAUACAGUCGUACCUUGGAAGCCAAACACCUUGGCACUUGUAUGUUUUGGCUCCUGAACGCCGCAAACCCAGAAGUGACUGUUCCGGUUUGCGAACGUUCUUUGGAACCCAAACGUCCAAUGGAGCUUCUGCGGCUUCCGAUUGGCUGCUGGAGCUUCCUGCAGCCAACCGGAAGCCGCGCCUUAGUUUCCAAAUGUUUUGGAAGUCGAAUGGACUUUUGGAACAGAUUCCUUUCGGCUUCCAAGGUACGACUAUACCCACAUACACAGUCUCCCUCCCUCCCAGAAUUAUAUGAUAGCUUUAAGUCUACAUGUUAUACACACAUUCUCAACUGGAAGCAAGUCUAAAUAAGCACUUUCAGUUCUGAAAACUUAAUGGCGAGGAUUAAAUACUUUACUUGUGAUUCCUUCACAGAAGUCGGAUUAUCCCAACGGGAUUCCAGAGUGUGGGACAGAUGCCCUCCGUUUUGCUCUCUGCGCCUACACAUCCCAAGGUAAUUUAUCCCUCUGCCUGACUUCAUUCUCUCUCUCUCUCUCUCUCUCUCUCUCUCUCUCUCUCUCUCUCUCUCUCUCUCUCUCUCUUUGAGUGAAAGAGGCCCUGCUGUUGUUCUAUCCCUGCUCCAAAAAAGGGUUAAUGUUGAGCAGGAAGAAGUUCACAAAAGGGUAACUGGAAUGAAGGAGCUGGAUAUAUAAUACAGCACAAGAUAUUAUGGGCUGUCCCUUGAAUCCGCUGGAUGACAUCGUGGAAGAACGUUGCCUCAGGAGAGUGAGGAAAAUUCUCAGGGAUGAUUCACACCCUGGCCGGCACUUUCUUGAUCUCCUGCCCUCAGGCAGAAGAUACAGAAGCAGGAUUAGUCGCACCAACAGGGUAAAGAACAGCUUCUAUCCAUGGGCUGUUAGGCUGCUGAAUGAAAAGAUCACAACAGGGCAACGGACUUUCGGGUUUGGUGUGCGUGCGUCAGUAAACGAGGGGAAUUCAGACUAAGAGAGCUGAGUGGGGGGUGCUCGUGUAAUCUCACUGUAUACAAGUUGUACAAGUGACAAUAAAGUAUUUCAAUUUCAGUGGACCCUUUCCUUGAUGCAGAAGGGCUCUUGUGUCUCUCCUGCUUGUGUUUCACAACAUUCUCUGCUCCCUCCAGGACGGGAUAUAAACUUGGACGUGAACCGCAUCCUAGGCUACCGCCAUUUCUGCAACAAGCUGUGGAACGCGACCAAGUUCGCCAUCCGCGGUCUCGGGGAUGGGUUCAAGCCGCAGCCCAGCCCAGAGGUGAGCCUCUUUUCAAAUGAUUCCCUACUCCAUUCUCUCCACCCCGCCCCUGCCCCAUCUUUUUUGGAAGGGGGGGGCGGUUAGUGCCUCCUGGAGCUCAGCACAGACUGCAGGGUUUCGAGAUCCAGUACGGCACAGGGGUUGAGAGUGCUGUCAGGGAAAACGCAGCUUCAGAUCCCCUCUUAGCUGUGAAGCUCGUAGUGCAUGGGUUGGCAAACUAAGGCCCGAGGGCUGGAUCCGGCCCAAUUGCCUUCUGGAUCCGGCCUGCGGACAGUCUGGGAAUUGCAGCGUGGAUCUGAUUCUGAUGAUUCGGGCUGCGCCACUUCCUCCCCCUCUCCCUCACACAAACCGCGGCGUCGCCUCCUUCCUCCCUCCUCCUGGCUUCUCCCCGCCCUGCCUAGAGGAGGAAGGGGGCUGGGCUUUGUUGAGCUGUGGUUGGCUGAGUGCCAUUUUAAGCAGCCCUCAUCGUCCCUCCGCUGCCGCCGCCAGCCCCUGCUGCUCGCAAGGCACAGGUAAGCAGCCACCGGGCCUCGUCUGGUGCUGUAGAGAAGAGAGGGGAGAGUCGUGGGGGGGGGGAGGAUUCCCUCCCCAAAGAUAGUCUGCCCCCCACACAAGGUCUGGGGGACAGUGGACCGGUCCCCUGCGGAAAAAGUUUGCUGACCCCUGUCGUAGGGUGAUGUUAGGCCUGUCGUCAUUUCUCAUUCCAGUCUACCUCACAGGGUGGUUGUGAGGAUAAAGUGGAGUGGGGGGAGCGGAGGGGAGUCUUGUGAGGCACCCUGAGCUCCGUGAAGGAAGGCUGGUGGAAGGAAUAAGGCUUGGGUGCGUCCUGGUCAGGGGGGCGGGAGUCCUAGGAAUUAACACAUUGCAUUAUCCAUUUAGAAACGGCAGUGUUUUGUUGGUUUCUGAGAACUCCCAGGUAAUUCCAAUGAGCAAAUAAUCAUGUGCCCUCUCGCUUUCCCGCCUCAAAGUCCUGACGAGGGCCACCGGGAACGAUUCCUUAUUUAACAGGAAAUGCCUUUUUCAGCCCAGUGGAUCGGAGAGCCUCAUCGACCGCUGGAUCCUGAGUCGCUUGAGCCAUGCUGUGGAGCUGUGCGAUGCAGGAUUCCAGGCCUACGACUUCCCUGGCAUCACCACAGCAGUCUACAACUUCUGGCUCUAUGAGCUCUGCGAUGUCUACCUGGUGAGUGGGGUUUCUGAAGGGUUUUGUUUUGAGCUUUUUUGCCCCUUUUCCCUUCUGGGGAGGUGUGACAUCUGCAGCUGGUGGAUAGUUCAUUUUUGUUUUGUCAUUUUGCUACCAAGAAUACGUUAAAAUGUAAUUCGGGGGUGUGUGAGGGCCUAGAUUAGGCCUGUGGCACUCCAAGACGAAAUGUUGGGACUACAACUCCCAUCAUGCCCUGCUGCCGGGGCUGAUGGGAGUUGGAGUCCAUCAACAUCUGAAUGGCCAAAGCUUCCCCAUUCCUUGCCUGGAGUCUUACUUUUGGACGUGGCAAUCUGAGUUCAGCAAAGCAGCGCUCAGUCACAAAGCUCACCAUGCAGACUUAAAGUAGUCAGUGCAGACCACAACCCCAUCAAUAAUACCAUAGUACCCUGAUCUACUUGACAGAGCUGUUUUGAGGACCUGAGCUUCCUGGAGGAAGAGACAGGUGCAGAUGUAAUACCGACGCAUAAUGCACAUUUUUAACUGUCCCAGGCGUACUGUGAAGACUGUUCUUGCAUUUCAGAAGUUGCAUGGUCGCCACAGGUGCACGGAAUUGCAUGUAGGCGAAUACAUGGAGUUCUUUGCAGGCGAGUGGGCAGGGUGGCAGAGGAGGGGCGGCUCAUUUGCCCUUUGUCCGCUAGCCCUCUUGGUCAAAGUCCAACAUUAUUUUUUAAUUGCCCUGUAAGCUUGUGUUUCCAUGGCAAGGCAGGUUCUCUUCUCGCCCACUUUGGCCCCGCCCACCACCUGAAUGUGGCCCUCGGAAGCUGGCCUGCGAGGGAAUGUGGCCCUUGUUCCUGACUUCUGCCCUUUUGAAUCCCGCCCCCCUCAGGAGUGCCUGAAACCGGUGUUUGCCAGCCCAGAUGAGGCCGCGAUCCAAACGGCCCGGAACGUCCUCUACACCUGCUUGGAUGCCGGACUCCGUCUUCUCAGCCCUUUCAUGCCCUUCGUCACUGAGGAGCUGUUCCAGCGGCUGCCCCGGCGGUCCCCCAGCGACCCCCCCAGCAUCUGCGUCACUCCUUACCCCUCCACAGAGCAGGUAAAUCCUCAAGCUCACAGAGUCAGGGAUGUAGCGGUGCAGGGACCUUUCCAUUCAUAAUGGAACGUGAAGCGAAAUCUUGAACCUAGAAACAAUGUGCUCGUAUUUAUCGUGUAGCUUUGUUUUGAAACAAAAGUUUAGAAGUGCAUGAAUUACUGGAAAAUAACGACAGAAAGAGAAAACAUACAAAUUGUUGUUACACCAGUGUGGUGUAGUGGUUCAGAGCGGUAGACUCGUAAUCUGGUGAACCGGGUUCGCUUCCCCGCUCCUCCACAUGCAGCUGCUGGGUGACCUUGGGCCAGUCACACUUCUCUGAAGUCUCUCAGCCCCACUCACCUCACAGAGUGUUUGUUGUGGGGGAGGAAGGGAAAGGAGAAUGUUAGCUGCUUUGAGACUCCUUCGGGUAGUGAUAAAGCGGGAUAUCAAAUACAAACUCUUCUUAUUUACGCAUUUUGUUUUCUUAAAGUUCUUCAAUCAAUUAUAACGCCACUUUGCCAAGCUGACGCUCUCCAGUCCUUUUCAUUUCUAUCCUGUCAUUGAACAAGUUUAUAGGCCUGCUUCACAGCAUAAGGCCGUCAGAGCAGUUUGAAAUACAGAAUAAAAUGAGGAAGCGUGAAUAACAGUACAGUCAUAACUUGGGAGCCGAACACCUUGGCACUUGUACGUUUUGGCUCCGCAAACCCGGAAGUGAGUGUUCCGGUUUGCGAAUGUUCUUUGGAACCUGAACGUCCAGCGCGGCUUCCAUAGCUUCUGAUUGGCCGCAGGAGCUUCCUGCAGCCAAUUAGAAGCCACACCUUGGUUUUGGAAGUUGAACAGACUUCCAGAAUGGAUUCCAUUCGGUUUCUGAAGUAAGUCUGUAUAACCAACUUGGCAAACUCUGAAACAAAGUCUCAUCAGAUAUAAACCGAUCCUCUGUAGAUGAUGGGAAAGGCUUCCUAAAGCUUCAGUAGCCCUGGUGUUCUGGACCGCAGUUCCCAUCAGUCACAGCUAGCACAGAGGGCUGAUGGGAGGUGUAGUCCAAAGCCCCAGGUUCGCGAAGGCUGAAUAAUAAUAUAAGAAAGCUCAACCUUCUGUCCCUCUCCCUACAAAACCAGGAAAGGAAGUGUCUCUUUUUGGGUCAAGUUCAUUGCUUUAUCCCUUUCUGAUUUGUUGACUCACGAUACCCAAAACAUCACUUUAAACCGGGGCACUGUUAACCCUUUUCCCGCCUUACCCCAGUACUGCUGGAGGAACGAGGGCUUGGACCACACCGUGGACUUUGCGCUGAGCAUCAUUAGGGCUGUUCGAUCGCUCCGGGCGGACUACAACCUCACCAAGACCAAAGCUGACUGUGAGUGGAGAGGGGGAAAGGGUCUUCAUUUGGAACAAAGGAAGCUGCCAUUGGUCUUCAGAGCCCGAACACACGGCAAAAUCUCAAGGCGGAAUAAAUCAGCACGUGUGUUGUGGCUUCUCAGUUGCUUGGGCCCUGUGGCUCAGAGUGAGGCUGAGAAUGCAGCUGCUUGUCUCCAGGUCAUUCCAGGACUCAUAGCUGAGCAGGGAUUUGAACUCAAAGGAGACCUGUGGCUCAGCGGCAGAGCCACGCAGAAGGUCCCAGGUUCAAUCCCCAGUGUCUCCAGGUAGGAUGGGUUUCCUAAUUUGACCAAGGGAUGGAAAAGGAGAUCUAAGAGGUCCUGAGGGAGGAGCCAGCCCUGCAAGGAACGUCAGCUGCAAAAGCCAAGGGAGGUUCAGACAGGCCAGCAUCUCCAUUUCUCCAGCUCUGACCUCCUCUCCCUCUGCUUCCCAGGUUACCUGCAGUGCCUGGAUCCCGGAACAGCACGGUCCGUAUCUUGCUGCUCCAGCUACAUCCGGACUCUCAGCUCCUCCAACCAAGUGCUGGUUCUGGAGCCUGGUCAAGCCCCCCCUCCUGGUUGUGCCGUGGCCAUCGCUUCCGACAAAUGCACCGUCCAUCUUCUGCUCAAGGUACGCAACGUCACCUGCGCGACCAGCCAGCGAGUUUGGGGCUCUGGCAUCAGCUACAGCCCAGCUCUCCGGUCUCUCCCACCAGCAACCACCACUAUUCCCUGUCACCUCACUCUGUUGCCUAACUCUGUCUACUUGGCCCUCCAGCUGUUUUGGGACUACAGUUCCCAUCAUCCCUGACCACAGGUCCUGUUAGCUAAGGAUGAUAAGAGUUGUAGUCCCCAAACAGCUGGAGGGCCAAGUUUGGCCAUGCCUGGUAGCCCAAUGUUUCCCAAACAGCUGUUUUUGGACUACAAUUCCCAUCGUCCCAGACCACUGGUCCUGCUAGCUAGGGAUGAUGGGAGUUGUAGUCCAAAAACAGCUGGAGACCCAAGUUUGGUAAACACUGCUCUAGCCAUAGAUGUUAGGAAGAAUAAGCUGUUAAGCGCUGUUUUAAUGGCUGUUAAUUACAAAUAAUACAUUUCUGAAACAGAUGGCAGCCAUGCUUUCUGAGCUUUUCUUAAAAAAGAAAUAAUCCACAAGGACUAGGACUCUUUUCUGAAAACUAAUAGAUUUCAAUGCAUGCUUUGUUGAUUAACCUGUGCGUGGAUACUCUUCAGUACAGUAUUCACUAGUGGGGAUCUGUAUCUUAUUUUUGGAGGUAGGGGCAUUUGUGUCGUGCUGGUCGAUGGAGGCCGAGAGAGAGAUAGACUCUCCCUGCUGUCCAUUAAUUAAAAUGCACUCUGCAUUUCCCCCCAUCCCCUGUACUUUUCCAUCCUCCUGUGCCAGGGCUUGAUCGAUGCCGAGAAGGAGAUUUCCAAACUGGCGAGCAAAAAAGCAGAGCUGCAGAAGCAAAUCCUUCGGCUGCAGGAGCGCAUGGGCAGCCCGGACUACGCUGCCAAAGUGCCUGCCAAGGUCCAGGAGGCGGAUGCAGCCAAGGUAAGGAAAACUGCCCCCCCCAAAACAAACCCCCUCUGAAAGUCGCAUAGGCAACGCCUCCGGGGCUCUAGUGAUGAGCAGCGUUCCUGCUGCCGUCGCCUGAGCCAAAGCCAUUGAGGGCUUUUUAAAGGCCUUGAAUUGUGACCGCAAGAAAGUUGGUUGCCAGUGCAGGCGUUGCAGGUUAGGCCCAUGAGCAUCCUUGCCUCUUCAUUCUGGACCAGCGACCUUUGGCCCUCCAGGUGUCGCUGAACUACAACUCCCAUCAUCCUGCAUGACUCGCCAUGCUUGCUAGGGCUGAUGGGAGUUGUGGUUCGGCAGCACCACACGCAUGUUCUGCUUCCCAGUGAAGCUUCCCAGACUCUCUAAAGGAAAUCCCCUUGUUGAAUGUGUUGCAGUAAUCCAACCUGGAGGCGAGUAAGGCAGAGAGAGAUGGGGAAUUGGCCCGAGGGCCACGUUCCCUUGGGGUCGGUCUUGUGGGGCCCGAAUGCCCCCUUGCACACUUCUCCAUCUGGGGAUUGUCCCAGUUCAACAGCACAUCCCAGCCGAGUGCAGAGCAUUUGGGAUAGCUCUGUCGGUAGAGCAUGGGACUUGCAAUCUCAGGGUUGUGGGUUCAAGCCCCACGUAGGGCAAGAGGUUCCUGCAAUACAGGGAAUUGGAGCAGAUGAUCCUUGUAGUCCCUUUCGACUCUACAAUUCUAUGAAUCUACGAGGGCUGGGAGGGCUGGAGAAUCCCAAGGGCUGGGGUCAGAGGCUUAAGAGGGCUGCAUUUGACUAGCAGACCUGAGGUUCCCAACCUUAGGACGAAGACGUGCAGCUGCAUCUGACUUCCUCAAAAAGAGGUGCAGGCAGCUCACCCGUCUCAGCUGGGCAAAUGCCCCCCAGACACUGCUGCCACCGUAACCCGAUGCUAAACAGCAUCUGGGAGGACUCCCAAAUUGCAAACCUGUUUACUGUGGCUCCUCAGGCUUUCCUGCGCUGAACGCUAGCUUUCAACAGGCUUCCUACUCCCUGGGACAGGCUUCCUCAACCUCGGCCCUCCAGACAUUUUUGGCCUACAACUCCCAUGAUCCCUAGCUAGCAGGGCCAGCGGUCAGGGAUGAUGGGAAUUGUAGUCUCAAAACAUCCGGAGGGACGAGGUUGAGGAAGCCUGCCCUAGGAUUUCUUGCUUGGGUUUUAGGAUCUGGUACCUAACAUGCAAUGGCCUUGCCAGGCCGUUAGUCUCAGCCGUUUUAAUUAAAUAAAAUUGUGUUGCUUGCGCUUCCCUCUCACAUCUGCUUUGCUCACGUUGACGUUGUGUCAUCAGGGACCCCAAGGUAGCUUGUGGUGCCCAUUCUAGGAAUGGGGAGGAACGAUGAAAAAGAAAUUGUUCGGUUUCCCCCCCCUUUCCCCAGCUGAAACAAAGCGAGACUGAAUUGCGGAAGUCGGAAGAAGCCAUUGAGAACUUCAAGAAGAUGCUCUGAAUACGUUGAUCCUAAGGGGUGGGAGGGAGGGAGAGGAGAACGUUAAGCCCUUUUACCUUGAGAAAAGAAGACUCGUCUUCGGUUCAGCUCUCCUUGGUUUAUUCUAUUUUCUGCAGAGACAUUAAAAUAUUUUGCUGAGUUAGAAGGUUGCGGUGUCAUUGGUGUGUAAAGAAGCAAGCGAAU